CCCUUCAGAGCCACAAACUGUUAAAAUUCGCUUGACUGUAACAGUCUAAGAAUUCUCACCAGGAUACCAGAACUCGCAUCUACUUUACCUCUUUUUCGUAUAUUGCUCUUCACUCUUCAAGACGUCAGAACAAGAGAAAAUGAAAGUUGUCGGAUCUACCUGCACUCUCAAGAACACCGAGGACAUGGUCCGGUGUCUCUCCGAACAGAGUAUGGCCAUCUCCAAGUGCAAGAUCCCAAUGCUGGACGAGCAGAUGAGUGUAUUUCUGCAGGACAUGAACAGUUGCUACAGCAAGCUGAAGGAGCUGGUGCCCACUCUGCCAGCCAACAAGAAAGCCAGUAAGAUGGAGAUUCUGCAGCAUGUCAUCGACUAUAUCUGGGACCUACAGGUCGAGCUGGACGCACCCGGCAAACAGCAGGCCACAGAUGCACCCCGGACCCCUCUGACAACCCUCAAUGCAGAAAUCGCCAGCAUCUCUGUGGAGAACGGAUGCUCCGAUGACAGAAUUCUCUGCCGCUGAUCAAGCAACAGAUAUAACCGUUAACCGAAGCAACAUGAAGAACGAUGUUGGCCAGCCAUGGAUGACAUUUCGUCGCAUCUUAUGCCUUGUAUCAAGCAGUGAAGCGACGUGAAAAUCCAUGAUAUGCGUAGAUAAACAUUCUGAGUUGAAACUACGAAGUGUCAGGUCAGGAGAGCUGUCCCCACGCAGCCACAGGUGUCCUGCUGUCACCAAGAAGAGCGGCGCGCUCGGUGAAGACGCGUUGCUGGUCGAGCUGAGAUUGAGGAUGGUCAUCAACAACAGCAUCCUAACCCAACGAGCUCUCUUAGAUGUUGAUACAUGUUGGACUUUUACGCGAAAUAAUCUUUCAUUCCUUGUUAUCUUUUCUGUAUUUUGAGCAAUUUAUAUGUAGAAAAUAUUUAUAUUUUAAAAUGUCAAUUUCUCAGAUUGCUGAGCUAUAUUUGUAUUGUAUAUUACAAUGAUUCAGAUGUGAUCCCCAAUAUUGUUUUUAUAACAAUGUACUUCUGGUGUUUUUAUUAAAACAAUAUAUGUUAGGUGAGAA